AUGAAUGCAAUGCGUGUUACUUAUCUAUUGAUUAGUUGUUCAAUUUUUUUACCAACACUUAUUUAUUCGGCUGAAGAUUUUUAUCAAUUACUUGGAAUAACAAAAUCAGCUACACAACGUGACAUACGACGUGCAUUUAAACGUAUAGCACUUGAAAAGCAUCCAGAUAAACGAACUGGAGAUCCAAAUGCACAUGCAGAAUUUUUACAAAUAAAUCGUGCAUAUGAGAUUUUACGUGAUGAUGAAUUAAGAAAAAAGUAUGAUACAUACGGUGAAGAAGGUCUCAAAGAUGAUUUCAAUCGUGGAAAUCAAUAUCAAUCAUGGAAUUUUUAUCAACAUAAUUUUGGCAUUUAUGAUGAAGAUCCAGAAAUUAUUACACUUAGUCGAACAGAUUUUCUACAAUCCGUUGAUGGUUCACAAGAUGUAUGGUUUAUUAAUUACUAUUCUCCACAAUGUUCACAUUGUCAUGAAUUAGCACCAGCAUGGCGUGAAAUAUCAAAAAUACUGGAAGGUGUUAUUCGUAUUGGUGCAGUUAAUUGUCAAGAUGAAUGGAUGAUGUGUAAUGAACAAGGCAUUCGAGCUUAUCCAACAUUACGUAUCUAUCCAAAACGUGAUAUUUAUCAAGGUCCAAGAGAAAAAGAUGCACUCAUUCGCUAUGCAAUGAGCUUUGUCUCUGCUCAUGUGGUUAAAUUUGAUGAUCGCAUGUUUAGAACUUUAAAAGCUGAUACAAAUAAACCAUGGUUGGUAUCAUUCUGCCGAGAUAUUGAUGAAGGCGAUUGUCUAGAUGAUGAUCAAGUUUUUAAAUUAGCGGUUAUGCUAAAUAAUCUUGUACAAGUUGCUAGUGUUAAUUGUCAUGCAGAUCCUUAUGUAUGUGAGCAAUUAAAGCCACAAAGUACUAUUCUGUUCUAUCCCACUAAAGAUUUUCCAUCAAAUAAUGGUUAUUCCAUAACAAGUUUAAAUUUAAAAGAUAUUGUUUCACAAAUAUUAGCACUCCUACCAAAUUUAUCAUUAAUUACAAAAGAUCACUUUCAUGAAUUAGUUAAACAAUUAAAAGAAAGUGCAGAUGCUAAACCAUGGUUAAUUCAAUUUGUUGAUGAAGUCAAUAACGAUAAAGACCAUGAGCUGAAAAAACUACCAUCAAUGUUAAACGACUAUAACGUUGGCCGAUUCGAUUGCUCAUCAUCAACCGAUACUUGUACGAACUUAUAUAUAUUCAAAAAGCCGGCAUUUAUUUUAUUCAAACAAGGUGGUCACUAUGAAUUCUAUUAUGGUCGUCAUACAUCCAAUGAUAUCGCUGGAUUCGUUCGUGAUAAUGCUUUUUCACCAUUACGUGCUUUAACUCCAUCUGAUUUUCCAUCAGUUACAACUGAUUCAAAACCAUUUAUAAUUGAUUUCUUUUCACCAUUCUGUCCACCGUGUAUGCAUUUAUUACCCGAGUUUCGAAAAGCAUCAAAACGUUUAACGGAUAAAGUUAGUUUUGGUACAGUUGAUUGUACUAUACAUCAACCAUUAUGUCAACAAUCAGGUAUAAAUUCAUAUCCAACAACAAUUUUAUACAAUCAAUCAGUUCAACAUAAUUUUCAUGGUCAACAUCAAGAACAAGCGAUAAUAAAUUUCAUUGAUGAUAUUCUUCAUCCAACUGUCAUAACAUUAGAUAGUGAUUUAUAUACAAAAUUAGUUGAAAAUAAAAAUUCCAAUGACAUGUGGUUAAUUGAUUUUUUUAUGCCAUGGUGCUUUCCAUGUCAACAAUUAAGUGGUGAAUGGAGAACAUUAUCAAAACUUUUAAAGGGUAUUGCUCAUGUUGCACAAGUUGAUUGUACAGUUCAAUCCCAAUUAUGUCAAAAACAAGGUGUUUAUAGUUAUCCAACCAUUCGUCUUUAUCCGCCCAAUGUUGAUGGACACACUUUCAUUUUAUAUAAUAAUGGAUGGCGUGAUGUAAAUUCAUUACGCUCAUGGGCAUUUCAAUAUUUACCAAGUAAAGUUACUGAAGUGGAUGGAAAAAAUUUUUCGACAAAUAUUUUACGUGAUUCGAAACCAUGGUUGAUUGAUUUUUAUGCACCUUGGUGUGGACAUUGUCAUCAGUUUUCACCGAUAUUUGAGGGCGUUGCACGUAGACUGGAUGGAAAAGUAAAUUUGGGUAAGAUAAAUUGUGACAAUCAUCGGCAAAUUUGUGAACGAGUAUCAAUUCAUGCUUAUCCAACAAUUAAAUAUUAUAAAGGUUCAAAUGAUUCCAAGCGACAGGAAUUUCUCGGUGAUGAAAUAGGCAAUUUAGAUGAAGAUUUUAUUGUUAAUUAUAUUAAUGACCAGCUGCAGCAGCAGCAGCAACAACAACAACAACAGCAACAAGCAUCAAAUGUACAUCAUACAACUGAAUUAUGA